CAAAUUUAAACCCAGGAUCCGUUAUACAGACAUAGAGGCUCUCUCCCUAUGUUAUAUUGGGCAGGAAACAAUUUGAAUUUUCCCCCCCAAAUCCCAUUUAAACAUUACCAGGUGACCAUAGCCUCAUCAGCCCUUAUGGAUGAUGUGAGAAGGAAGACAUGCAAGAGAGAGAAAGUUGCCGUAGCAGGCAGUAAGAGAGAGAAAGAAACCCUAGCAGAGGACAUCUAUCCGAAAGAAACCCACAAAAGGAAGACCUUUAGGAGAGAGAGAAAAGCUUUAGCAGACACUAUAGAAGAGACCCAUGAAAGGAAGACCUUUAAGAGAGAGAAAGAAGCUCUAGAAGCCAUUGAGGACUUCUCUCUAAAAGAUACCCAGAGAAUAAAGCCCACUCACAUGAGAGAGAAAGGAUCCCUGCGAGACAUUGAGGACUUCUCUCUAGAAGAAACCCUUAAAAUUAGAGCUUCUUUGUUGGGUUGGUAUGACAAGAACCAGAGGAUAUUGCCAUGGAGGGCAAAUAGUGUCCGAGAGAGUGAAGAGAGAGAAGAUGCAGAGGCAAGGGCUUAUGCUGUGUGGGUUUCAGAGGUGAUGCUUCAGCAAACCAGGGUUGCAACAGUGAUUCGGUAUUAUGGGCGUUGGAUGGAGAAAUGGCCAAGCAUCCAUCAUUUGGCACAAGCUUCCCAAGAGGAGGUUAAUGAGAUGUGGGCGGGCUUGGGCUAUUACAGGCGCGCCCGAUAUCUACUAGAGGGAGCAAAGUCAGUGGUCCAAGGAGGACAAUUCCCGCGAACAGUUCCUGAUCUUAGAAAAGUUCAGGGAGUAGGGGAUUACACAGCAGGGGCUAUUGCAUCCAUAGCCUUCAAGCAGGCUGUUCCUGUUGUGGAUGGAAAUGUGAUCAGAGUGAUUGCUAGACUAAAGGCCAUCUCCUCAAAUCCCAAAGAAUCCACCACUGUGAAGGGCUUCUGGAAGCUAGCUGGGCAAUUGGUUGAUCCUGAAAGGCCAGGAGACUUUAAUCAAGCUUUGAUGGAACUUGGGUCAACCCUUUGCACACCAUCAAGCCCAUCAUGCUCUUCAUGCCCAGUUUCCAAACGGUGCCAAGCACUCUCCCUCUCCAAAACACCAAACUCUGGCAAAGAGAUUUUGGUAACUGAUUUUCCAGUCAAGGUCUCAAAGGUGAAACAACGAGAAGACUUUGCAGCCGUAUGUCUUGUGGAGAUAACUGAGAAACUCGAUCUAGAGAGCUGGAAACUGGAGAGUGAGAAAGACAUUUUCCUUAUGAUAAAAAGACCAGAUGAGGGUUUACUUGCGGGCCUAUGGGAAUUCCCUUCUGUUCUUUUGGAUGAGACAAAUAUGGGGCUAUGUACUAGGAGGUCAGCCAUGAAUAAGUAUCUGAAGGGAACAUUCGGUCUAGAGACUAACAGGAGUUCAAGGGUGAUUUUUAGAGGUGAUGUUGGAGAGUAUGUUCAUAUUUUCACACAUAUUCGACUCAAGAUGCAUGUCGAGUUGCUGGUUCUGAAUUUGAAAGGUGGGAUAGAUACUUCAAAUGUCAAAAAUGAUUCGCAAGGGAUUUGCUGGAGGUGUGUUGAUGAAAAUUCAAUCAAGAACAUAGGUUUAACAUCUGGAGUUCGAAAGGUUUAUAAUAUGAUUCAGGAUUUUAAAAAGAAAGGGCUGCUCCAAAACCCAGUUAGAGGACCAAAGAAGAAAGACGUGUGAGAAGCAGGUUCAGGCUACAUUGGAAUUUUGUGGUUUAUAUAUUCAUUUCUUCGAAUUUGUAUUCAGAAAUCAAAGUGGACUGAGUUCCAGAUCAAAUUCUGGAUCAUUUUUUCACUCUAUGGAGUAAAAUUAUUUUGAUUAACUAGUUAGAAAGGGUGAAUUGUCUCUGCUACAGUAUAUUCAUUGGUUAACAUCAGAGUGUGUACUUAGGGGCUGUGGGAUGACAAUUAAUUCAAUCAUGAAUCUAUGACGAUCCAAAUCCGAAUAUUCAGUAUAAUAGUACUAUGUUGGUUAUUUGGUAGGUAUGUUAUAA